CACUGGUUAUCGCUUCAACCCUGACACUCAGAGAGCACUCCCUCCAUUGCUCGAAGCUCUCUCUUCUCGCCGGCGAUGGCUUCCCUUCUCUAUUGCUCCGCCUCCAUCGCCGUCUCCGCCCAAUCCAGAUGCCGUAUCCGCUCUCUUCCUUCCAUGGCAGUGCCCAGGAAGAGAUUGGUGGUUAGGGCUGGGGAGACGGACGCUAGAGAAGUUAAGCCUACUGCUCCGGAGAGUGCUCCGGCUGGCUCCGGUGGUUCCAGCUUCAAUCAGCUUCUUGGCAUAAAGGGCGCCGCACAGGAGACGAAUAAGUGGAAGAUCCGUCUCCAGCUUACAAAACCUGUUACUUGGCCUCCAUUGGUGUGGGGAGUGGUUUGUGGAGCAGCUGCCUCUGGAAAUUUUCACUGGAAUGUCGAAGAUGUGGCCAAGUCUAUUGUUUGCAUGUUGAUGUCAGGACCUUUUCUUACGGGCUACACACAGACACUUAAUGAUUGGUAUGAUCGGGAGAUUGAUGCAAUCAACGAACCUUAUCGUCCUAUCCCCUCUGGGGCAAUAUCUGAGACUGAGGUUAUAACACAGAUAUGGGUUCUGCUUCUUGGUGGCCUUGGUCUGGCAGCUUUAUUGGAUGUGUGGGCAGGGCACAAGUUUCCUAUCGUCUUUUAUCUGGCUGUUGGAGGAUCCUUGCUUUCCUACAUUUAUUCUGCUCCACCUCUAAAGCUCAAGCAAAAUGGAUGGAUUGGAAACUUUGCCUUAGGGGCUAGCUACAUCAGUUUGCCCUGGUGGGCUGGGCAAGCCCUAUUUGGAACACUUACCCCAGAUAUUAUAGUGCUCACAGUUCUAUACAGCAUAGCUGGGCUUGGAAUUGCAAUUGUAAAUGAUUUCAAAAGUAUUGAAGGCGACAGAGCAUUGGGACUGCAGUCACUUCCAGUUGCUUUUGGCAUGGAUACUGCAAAGUGGAUAUGCGUAGGCGCAAUUGACAUUACACAGUUAUCCAUUGCUGGGUACUUGCUCGGUGCUGGCAAACCAUUAUAUGCACUAGCCCUGCUUGGAUUAAUAAUUCCACAAGUUGUAUUUCAGUUCAAGUACUUCCUAAAAGACCCUGUGAAGUAUGAUGUCAAAUAUCAGGCCAGUGCCCAGCCCUUUCUAGUUCUGGGUCUUUUAGUAACAGCUCUAGCUACAAGCCAUUGAUCCAAAAAGUCUAUCUAUGCGCUCAGUUACACAAGAUCAACAUCGAAGAACAACAAAGAUGGAGAAUUUACAUUCUUCCUGCCAGGUGCUUUUCUUCUGCAUGCAUACAUGCUUGCAAUGUCUAUCAUGUUGUACCCUUUAUUUGUUACUGAACCUUAUGUUUUUGUUAGUCUAGCAUUUAUGAAUAUUAGAGUACUCAUUAAAAAUUCUUCAACACUAGUUCAUUGCACAGACACCCAUUCUGUCCUUUAUCCAAAUCUUUUCCCUCCUGCUCACCAAGACAAUAUCUUCUUCUUCACUUGAUCUUCAAACAUUGAAUGUAAAAACAUGCCAGGAAAUGUUGAAUUUGAUUAUUCCUGCUUAUUCCGUGA